CUCACUCGUCGGUCAGCUCAGCGGGCAAAAGGAGGGAAGCAAGAAUCUUCUUUGGAUAACAAUAAAUACAAACGUGAGGAAUCUACAUACUGCACAGUGUGUAUGUUUCACUCUAAGAAAGCCACAAUGAAAUGUCCUAGCUACGAGGCUGCCAGGGCCAACAACAUGGAGAAAAGCUCUGCUAAUAUGGCUGCUGCGCAGUCCAAGGUGCUUCACAUCAAAGCUUCACCAGUGAAAGAGCCCAUUCCCAUUAAACCUCAGUGUCCACCUGCCAGUGUGACCACAGUGUUGUUCUCUCUCAACAACGACACCAGACAAGUCCACAACAAGGAAAACAGCACCAACAGAGAACUUGACAGGACUGCGGAUGAAGCGUUUGAGGACAGUGGCUAUCUGUCUCUGCACAACAGUCAGAUUUUUGAUCACGGGAAUGAGGAGGAUGACCACAUCCAGGGAAAACUCAAAGCAACCCUACUGCCUUCUGCUGCACAUCAAGAAAAGACAAUAUCACCAAAUAAUUCUCCCUCCAAAUGUCAGGGGAGGACAAACUCUAGCUGUCCAAUGUCUCUGGUGGCAGCUUCCACUCCUCGUCCCACGAGGAGAAUAGCGGCAUCCACCCCCUCCGACCAUCACAAUGACCCCAACCUGCCUAUACUGAAGUUCCAGCGGGCUGUGUGCGAAGAGCUUGCCAAGAGCUAUCAGAAGAAUAAAAGGUAUGACUGGAGCAUAGUCUCAAAGGUGGCAGAGGAUUAUAUUUUGGAUCGGGUGAUCGGAGGCCAUAUGGGUCAGGAGUACGUCGACGUGUUAACAUCUCUGCUGUCCAGGAACAUGAGAAGCAUCCUGACCAACAUCCUGGCUCUGCUGGGAGACAUGGACCUCAUUAGCUGUAAGAAAGUGAGCAAGACGUGGAGGAAGAUCAUCUGUGAGGAUACCACAGCUCUGAACAGGUGUCGGCAAGCUGAGGAUGCUCUCAGGGAAUCAAGUAGCUCUUUGAGACAAAGGGAUUGUGGUCUGACAAGAGAUGUGGCUGUGUCCAGGGUGGUGCUGUCCUGCAUGCAGACCCUGGCCUCAUCAAGCACUCAAUCAUCCUCUUCCUCCUCAUCCUCACGGAGCUGCAGGGUCAAUAGACAGACUGCUCCCUCUCAAAAGAGCAGUACAACCAAUUCCCAAUGUACACGCUUCAAUGAAUUUAUGCAGGCCGCCAACAGACUGAAGCAGCACCAGUCUCUGCGUUCCUGCAAGCGUUGCGGCUCACCCGCAACUCAUUCAGCCGAGACUCAGAGGGCUACAUGCACACGGCUCAACUGUCAAUUCGACUUCUGCACCCACUGCCAAGAGGCCUUCCACGGCUCCAUCCCCUGCCGAACAGUGCUGCCAAGAGCCCACUCCGCCUCCAAGACGACCUCAAUCAUACCAGGUAGCACUCGCAGCAAGAGGAACGUCAGGCGCCUGUGAUGGGGGUUUUAAUCACUGACUGUUUUAACUGGGUGGGUCAUCUUUCUCUGCACUGGCAGCGUUUCCAGUAGCUCGGACAAUGUGGGAAAAUUUUACCGGAGCAGUCUGGAAGUGGCUUCUAUGUGCGCACUGUGGCAAUAAGACUUGGUGUUACAUGUAGAACUCAACUGACUGAAGCACUUGUUAAAAACACAACUUGGACAAUCAACCAGAAAGUGUCAUCUGGCUAAAUCUGUUGUCGUCUCUCAGCGACAACAUAUUUGAUGCCAAAGAAGUCAGACUCAUAAGCUUUAAAUCGUACAAUUUUUAUUAUGUUUUAAAAUGAAAUUAAUGUAACUAUAUAUUGUCAUUUUUAAGUGGUUUUGUAUACAAUUUUUUUUUUGUUUGUUUUUUUGUAUAAACGUUGAUCUUCAAAGGGUCUUUAA